GCCAAUACACACACACAAACCCCUCAAGUUGGAUUGCCACCCAUCUCCCCUGGUGCAAGAAGUGUACCCUCUUGUUCCAUUUAUUCUCCUCCAGAAAAAAAGAAAGUAUCCUUCCUCAGCACUGCUGGUAUUGAUUCUUGAGGUACUGCUUCCAUGGAUGCAAUCAGCCUAGAUGAGUGGGAGCUCCUGCCUGACAACAAGAGUUCCUACUUCAUGGAGGAGUUCACCAGUGACCAUGGCACUGUUGUUGAUGAUGAGACCAAGAAUAUAUUUCUGCCUAUCCAUCUAUCAGAAGAGGUCUAUGUGGGUGAUCCUGUCAUCAAGUUCAAGGACAUCGAUGUCGUGAAGAUUGAAUCGUACCGAGAAGAGUUCGUGCCUAAGGUGACUGAGAUAUUUGAUGCAGAAGAGGAGGCAGAGAUGAUCAAGAGUCCCGUCAGUGCAGAGGAAGUUGAUGUCGACGAUGAUGAUGAGGUGAUGGCUAUGGUUGCACCUGAUCAAUGUGUUGAAGAGGAAGAAGGUGCCCAGAAAGACAAGGAACACAAUGGUUUCAGUGUGGGGAAGCUGAGAGUGAAUGGUGUUGGGGCACUCUGCUCAUUUGGGGUUGCGGCUGCCACCUUGUGCAUCUUUCUGCUUGGUGGCAGGCAGCAGCAGCUGCACAAGACGCAGAAUCAGAAGACCCCGUUCCAGAUGUAUGCUGAUAAUGAGAGAAUUCAGCAGGUUGUGCAGCAAGCCUCGAGACUGAAUCAAGCUGUGUCAACAGUAAUGGGAGGUGCAUCCACAAGGGCAAGCAUAUCAUUUGGUGGCUACUACGAUGGAUUUUAAUGUGUUAGAAACCUUGAUAGAAUAUUUCUUUUCAUAGUCAAGUAUUAGAUCCAGGUGUUCUCUAUGAUAGCCAUCUAUAUUCUCAUAUUCUUUAUAUUGGUUUGGUCCAAGUGUUCUUCAUGUACAAUAUCAUUCAACCAACCUCCUGUAUAUUUUCAGAUCUACUAGAUGUGCAUAUUUUGGUUGAUCAAAUUGCAGAAAUGAAUAGAUACUACUAGAUGCA